GUCCAAACCUUAUAUGAUUGACUUUUCACGAUGUCUGGGAGUUCAUUUAUCUCAUCACCUUUCAUCGAGGGACCUCACCCCUUAACUACUCUCACUUGCAUGCAUUAGAGAGCAAAACUAGCCUUAGUCUACAAAUCGUCUGUAUGAAGUACAGUAAGGUUAUUCUAUAGAAGCUGACAGGAAUUACUGAGGUGUCGAUCGCAGCCUUCUUCGUACACACCGUCAGCUUACUGGGCACUUACAUAGUGCAUGCAUGACAGCUUAUAGUUACUCCAUAACACACACGUGCGAUUAACUGCGAGAUGAGUUUUGCGGCCAGCGGCAGCGCCAGUGUCAGUACCCCGGAGAAGCCGAUCGCCCCAGAGAAACUAUCUUCCCCAGAGACGCUGUCUUCCCCGGAGAAAGCUGUCUUCCCCAGAGAAAUAGGUCGACUGUCGCCCUUUCUCCACGGAUUCUUGGCGGGUCAGCUAUGCCUUUGCCAUGACAUAUCCUGCUUGAAAGCCUACCUUCUUGCCUUCAUUUUCAACUAUCCUGACAUUUCUCCGUACUAGCUCGCCUGACUCCCCUGUUGGCUUACCACGAAAUCCGGGGCACGGCUUAACUUGGCGGCCCGAAUAGGAAGGACGACAUAACAGUAGCGUUCCACCCGCCCGGGCACGAUGGAAAGGAACCUCCUCUCACCUCGGUCAGAGAACUUUAUCCAGGUAUAGGAUUUCCUUACUCGUGCCAUUCCUUGGCCGUUAUGUUCUAUCCAGUCGGUGUCAAUGCUUCGGUCGUCCUUCGGUGCCUUCUAGCCGCCUCCGGCCAUCUCACUCUCGGAUAGUCCACCCCGUCCCAAUGUGCCAUUCGGAAAUAUAAACUGCCAUGUGUACAUCCGUAUGUCUCCACAAACUGAUUCGUCGGGGAGUCUGGGGGCGAUUAUUGCCCCGGAGAGUUCAGCCGCUACCCUCGUGGAGUUGGCUUAGCUUCGCAGCCACAACAUUCCCUAUAGGUCCAAAAGGAGUGAAACGAGACUCAGUUAUGGGGCCAAGAAACAUCAAUUUUGGCCGCUACGCUUGGCAGCGUGCAGUGAUUUAUCCACACGACACAGCCAGUUGAAAAUCGGGAGAUCAUCCCGGUAUGACUACCCCCGUACAAAAAACGCGGGGUAGUCAGCAUGAGACUCAAUUCUAUAUUUCCGUGUCUUUAUCCGAAUCCACCUCUCUACACGGACCCAUAUGGAAUUGCUGUCAUGGCUCCAUUAUGCUAUAUAGUCGACGGCGACCCGAAGUCUUUGGUCUCUCCCAUUAAGGCCCGGCUUCCAACCGUCUCGUCCCACAAAGCAACGCCCUCUCCAAGCUGCCUGUUUAACGAAUUGCUGCGAUGGGUGUCAUUUCUGCUGCCGAUGGCACGUCCGAUCCCAUCCUCACGCGCAUGGUCGCGGAGGACAAGGUCCCGUGGUACAAGAAAAAGAAUUUGAGGCUUCUGUACUUUUACCUGUUCGUCUGCUGCAUGGGUGUGGAGAUGACGUCUGGAUUUGAUUCUCAGUUGAUCAACACCCUCCAGCUCACGCCAGAGUAUCUCAUCUACUUUGGCGAUGGCUACCUGAAGGAGGGGAAGCCGGCGAUUAAGCCAAAUUUGUUGGGCUUCAUGUCAGCUUGCUACCAACUCGGUUCAAUCUUCGGUGUUCCAGUUGCGCCGUACAUCAACCAGCGAUUUGGUCGAAGAUGGGCGAUCAUGAUAGGGUCUGUUAUCAUGGUCGUGGGAGCAAUCCUGCAGUGCUUCUCUCAACACAUUGCAAUGUACAUCAUCGCCCGUAUGAUCCUCGGAUUUGGCAUUGUUAUGUGUAUUAUUGCUGCAUCUGCCAUGAUUGGAGAGCUUUCAUACCCCAAAGAGCGAGCCAUUAUGACGUCCCUAUUCAACUCUUCUUACUUUAUCGGCGCCAUCACGGCUUCCGCGAUCACGAUCGGAACUGUCGAAAUCAAGGGUAACUGGAGUUGGCGUCUGCCUUCUAUCCUCCAAAUCUGCCCGUCAUUGUUGCAGAUCUGCUUCGUCUUUUGCCUACCAGAAAGCCCCCGUUGGCUGAUCAGCAAGGACCGCGACGAGGAAGCCUACGCCGUUCUAGUCAAGUACCACGCCGAGGGUGACUCAGACUCUAUACUUGCAAAGGCAGAAAUGGCACAGAUCAAGUCAACCAUCAAGAUGGAGCUGGAACAUUCGAAACAGUCCUGGACGGAUAUGAUCAGAACAUCCGGUAUGCGUCGUCGUGUGGUCAUCGCCAUGAUGCUCGGCCUGUUCACACAGAUGUCUGGAAACACGCUUCUUUCGUACUACUCCAAUCUCCUCUUCGAACUCAUGGGAUACACCACCAAAUUUGCCAAGACCAGGAUCAACAUCGCCAACAACUGCUGGAGUUUCAUGAACGCCACAGCCCUCGCCUUGAUCAUCACGCGAUUCAAGCGUCGCCACAUGUUCAUGAUCUCUGCGGCGAGUAUGUUGAUGGUCUUCAUCUCGAUGACUAUUUCCUUCGAGAAGCUACGUGAGGCCAAGAACGCAAAAACCAAGAACCAAGCUGCCUCCAUCGCCGCCCUGUUCUUCUACUUCGCCUACUCCCCAUGUUACAACAUGGGUAACAACGCCCUCACAUACACCUACCUCGUCGAACUCUUCCCCUACGCCGAGCGCAGCCGUGGUAUCGGAAUCGAGCAGAUCUUCGGCAAGCUCGGUGGCUUCUUCUCCACCUACGUCAACCCGCUCGCCCUCGAUGCUCUCGACUGGAAGUUCUUCGCCAUCUACUGCGGCUGGAUCUUCUUCGAGUUCUCCUUCGUCUACUGGAUGUACCCCGAGACCCAAGGGCGUACGCUCGAGGAACUCGCUUUCUUGUUCGAGGACAAAGCUCUCGCCGACAAGGCUGUUGAGGCUGUGGAGAAGCAGAUCCAUUUCGGUGGCGAGAAGGACGAUGUUAACCGCGAUAGCAUGGCGCAUGUUGAGGAGGCUACGCGCAAGGAGAUUGCCUGACGGGAGAGGCUUUGAAAUGUUGGCUGGAAUAUUGCCACGUUGUACUUCUGUUCGGUUGUAGUUCUUCAAAUUGAACCACAUUCUUUUAUAAUAUUAUACAUC